CCAAGGAGGAGCUUUCAUCUCCAUCCCAUAAUGCUCGGCUUCUUUUCGCCGCACACCCCUCAAGAUGGCUGCUGUUACUCGCUGGAGCAAAAGGUUUUGCAAAACCGACUGGCUGCCCACCCUUCAACUUAUUCGCCAUGGCUCCAAAGCUGUCACUCGCCAUUGGAGACCUAUGCAUUUUGUGCGUCAGAAGCUGAUGGAGGUGACAAAAUACAUCCCACCAAAGCCUUUGAUCCCAGAGGGGUGCAUCAAACCCCAAGUGAAACAAGUUGAAGAGGAAAAUGGCUACGUGAAGCUGUUGCGUCGAGAUAUCAAACAAGCGUUCCACGAGAGUAAAAUGAUUGCUAUCUGCCAGUACAACCCAGUUCCAUCAAAUGACAUGGUACUCAUGGGGCAUCGACUGCGGAAGUACAACAUCCAUGUUAAAUACUUCCCCAACGAGGUCAUGAUACCCUUUCUUUUGGAAUCCAAAUAUAAGAAUCUACUCCCUCUCUUUGUGGGGCGCAACCUCCUACUGAUGAGUCCGGAAACGAGGGCACAGGAAAUGCUGCGAGUCCUGAGGGGUGUGCCACAGAUCAAUCUCCUAGGAGCUUGUGUUGACAACACCAUCCUAAGCAAACAAGGUUUCGCAAACUAUGCCAAACUGCCGUCCAUGGUGACUGCCCAAGGGGAGGUUGUGGGUGCUCUCUCUCUCAUGACAUCCCAGACUAGCACACUUCUACAACGCGGCCCUGUUCACUUGACUUCCUUGCUGGACCAGUAUGUCAAACAGCAAAACUGUGAAUCUGUUGAAGCAAAGGAGACAGGGACUCUGGACAAGUCAGAAGCCCUUUGAUGAAUGUUCUUCCCAAUUCUGCUCAUUGCUUCAGGCACAGCUGUUGGUUGCAUGUUUGUAUCCUGGGUGGGGCAAAGUUGGAUGGCUAAAUUCUGUAUACCAAGCCAAUUUGGAAAUGAGGACCGGAUCAUGAACGUGGUAUAUGCUGGAAUGCAGAUUUCCAUCUGGAUAUUGAGGCAGUACUUGAUUCACAACUCUUGUUGAUUUAGCAAGCAUGAAAGCACACCGAUGGAAGUUUAUUAUCAAUUAAAAGAAGACUUCACAGGCUGAUAAAUAGAGAGGCAAAGUGUUAAAUGCGGCCUAAUGUUCAUCUCUGUGGUACAGCUUCCUAAAAAAAUUAUGUCGCGUGCUCACUGUUGUAAUAUUAUUAAAUAUUUUUAAGCAUC